GUGUAUUAUUUUUAGGGUAAACAAUAUACAAUGAACACAGGAAUAUCUUUUGAGCAAGAUGUUGCUGCUUUAAUAGAAGAGAUCAAAUCCACUAAAAAGCCCAAAAUUAGUAUUAAGAAAAGAGUUCCAGCAUUAAUUAAACUAUGGCACAAGUAUGAGACAUAUAUUAAAAAAAAUCAAUUAAGUCUUAAAUUGAUAAAAAUAGGUGAAAUUUUGCUAGAUGAGCAGGAUUAUGGAAUGGCAGCAAAAUGUUUUGGUUUGUAUCUUCAGGAAACACAUUUGUUUAGACAAGAAAAAAUUUUUGAGGAAGAUUAUGUGAAAACAUUUUUCAAUAAUAAAAUAUUUGAUGAGAGCUUGAUUAAAGCAUUUUUGUGUUUUGGUUCUUGUAUGGCAUCAUAUUAUCUUGAUGAAGAUCCCAAUUUUCAAGUUUCAACAUCAAAAAUGAAAAUUGAACAGAUGUUAAAUAUAUUACAAUUAACUUCAGAAAAAGCAAUCACUAAAAGUAGCUACUCUUGGCUUGUAUAUAAUUGUACUAUACAUAUUUACAACAUCUGCUUGAAAUUGUUAAUGCAAAAACUAUCAACAAUUGCAAUUGAUUAUCUAAUAUGGUGUUGCGUUUGUAUGGAGUCUUCCAUUCCACUAAUGACAGUGAAAUAUUUGACAUGGCGCACUCAAUUGUACAUAGCCACUAGUGAAUGUUAUUAUAUUUUAAAUUCAGGAGUUUGUGGUGAAGAGUUUGCAAUAAGAGGUCUGCAAAAGGUUAUUGAAUUAAAAGAAAUUGAAAAGAUGAGCUCAUCAACACCAUGUCCACUAAGAUUACAGAUGUUUAAAGAGUCCUUUCUCAAAUUAAAAAUUACAAUAUUUAAGAGAGAUGUCUUUGAAAGUAGAAAACAUGCUAAAAGUUUAAAACCAAAGUUUAAACUAGUAUUAAAUGAAAUUCUCCAUAAUAAAUGGCCACGAACAGCUUGUGAACAACUGUUAAUUGAGUCUUUUAAUGGGAGAUCUGCCCAGUUUUUUGCUGUAAUAGAGACUUUAGCCAGUAAAGAGCAUGAGACAAUUAAAAGACAAAAUAUUCAACAUGAAGAUGAAAAUGAGCAAGAAUUGAUUUCGGAACUCUUUUUUGCAGGUGUUGAGCUUGCUACUUUAAAUGGUCAUGAUGAAGAUCAGAGAGUUAACCGAAUUAGCGUGUCUGAGUCUAUAAUUACAUUAGCUGUUGCAGAAUCUGAUUUGAUAACAUUGUCUUCAUUAACAAAGUUUUUAAUACUUGCAUUUAUGCAUGAAAAAUGGGAGAUUUUUGAGAACCUGAUCUAUGAAGUUUUACACGAAUUAGAAAAGCAUAAUAAUAAAAGUGACUAUAUUCUUGAACGACAAAUUUUACAGAUUUUAUCUGCUUUUUCAAUAAUGGUUCCAUCUUAUCAAGUUAGAACAGGCUUAAAGAUAAAGAAAGAAAAAUCCAUGCAUGAAGCCAAAAAAGUCUCUGUUAAAGAUUUGUUAAAUGUUUCAAAAUUGUUGAGUGAUUUUGUGACAAAUGAAAGUUCAAAUAUGUUUAUUUCAAAAUACCACAGUAUGCUGGUUGACAUUGUUCUUUUUAUAUGGUCUGCUUUCAAGCCCCAUUUUACAUAUGAAAUAUCUCAAGGUCAUAUACACACUUUACUUAAAGAAACAAGUUUUUGUAUGAUAUUUGAAAUACUAAUCAAAAUCCACCAUGUUAUGGUUGCAGUUGGUAUUCAGAAUGUUAACUUGACUUUUUUUAUUGAAGCAACAUUAACAGUAUCAAUAUUUAUUGAACAAUUUGUUGAAAAAUCCCAGUUUGGUGAAAUUAUACCUUUUUCAAUCUCACCUGAAAUCAUGAAACAAGCUGCUUCUAUCUUGAAUGUUAAAAUGGAUACUCUCUGCUUCCUUCAUUUUAUCAAUAAUUUACUUCUGUCAGCUUUGAAAUUUAUUCAGACUGCAAAGAAUUUAAUGAAGUUAUUUGUUGAAAUUAAAGAUGUAAAAUUUGAUGAAGACAAAAAAUCAAAUGCAAGAAACGUUGCUGCAUUGCAUCUAGAAUUAAUGUUUAAACAACAAUGUAUAGCAACAUUAAUUGAUUACUAUACACCGAAAGAAGAGAUCAAAUCUGCUUCAUCAAUAAAAACAUUAACAAAAAAUCAAGCAAAACUAAAAACAAAGUGUUUCAUAGCAAAUAAUGGUUGCGAAAAUGAUCUUUCAAAAGCUUUGUUUAUUAUUUCAAAAGCAUCAGUAAAAAAUAGCCAAGCAAGUAAAAUGUUAAAGGAAGCAUCACAACUAUUGCAAAAGGAACUGCACAUCAUUAAAAAAUCAAAUUUGAAUACGGAUGGAUCUCUAAUCCCUCCAGCACCAAUAUUGGUGUGUCAAGGUUUAAAUUGUGUUGUAUUGAAACCAGCACCUUUUCCUACUGCAGGAAAUGUUGCUUACUACUCAAUUUAUCUGAGGCUUGCAACUUCUAAAGGUGUCACACUGAAUGAUGUAUCUUUUGAAGGAACAGGAGACUUGGUACAAAGUUCUUCAGAUUGUUUAUUUGUUGUUAAAGGACUAGCUCCUAAUACAGCAUAUAUUGCUGCUGUUGCAGCAUUUAAUGAAAAGCUGAUAUUAGUUGGAGGAUCAAUAGGAAAUGCAUGCAGUCCUUUUUACACUAUUGACUCAUUUCCAGCAGUACAGGCUUUUGCAUAUCUUACCCAGGUUGCAUAUAAAUGUCAAGUAUAUGAAAUUGCUAAAUAUGCUUCAGAAUUGAUUUGGAAUUUUUUUGUUUCUCAAGAUGACAACAUGACAAAUUUAUCCUCUAAAAAUGAUACUUUUAAAAGAUUAAAUUUUUCAACUUUCAAUAAUUCAUCAACAGUUUUGCAACGACUGUUUGUACAGACAAUAUUUAUAAGUGCUGAUGUUAUUAUUAAAGAAGAACAGUUGUAUUGGUAUAAUGUUGCUAUGAAAAGUCAACUUGCAAAUAAUCAGUUAGAACGUAUUAAUCUUUGCAGAAAAAUUAUUCUUGGAGUACAAGUGUCAGCUUUAUUAAAUGAUGAAUCAUUAUGCAUGCAGGGUUGCGUGCUCAUAUAUGAAUUAUUAUUUCCUAUUGUUUAUUGGAAAUUAUUAAUUUGUCCUGCAUUACAGAUCAUAGAGUUUUUAUUUGCAAUUUUACAAGAACUAAAGAAUGUUUUAAAGUAUAUGAGUUUUAAUUCAGAUACUCUUCGAAUGAUGAUCAUUUGUCUCACUAAUUAUACUGCCAAAAUUCUUGUGUCACUUAAAAGUGAAUCAGCCGCCAUCAGUGUAUUGCAGUUGGGUAAAAAUAUUUGUUCUAAUAUCUUAUCAAAUGGUCAUGCCUUAGAUUCAGUUGUCUCAGUCAACAAAGUGAACUUGCAUCAAAAAGUUAGGAAAAGGUUAAGUGUUAGUUGUGAAUUAAAAGAAUUUUAUACAAGGGAGAUAAAGCUACAUACUAUUGAAUUGUUGGCUUUAAAACUUUCAAAUCAAGAAAAAGAUCUGUUAUUCAAUGGAGGUGAAGAUUCAAUUAUCUUUAAAAUUGAUUUGGAUAAUAUGACAAGUCUAGAAGCAUACAAUGAAGUAUUUAAGUUCAAGAAACGAGCAGAUUUCUUAGAAAAUUUUGUUGGAGUCAUUUCAAAAGCUUUAAAUGAAAGAUCAUUUAAUAAUGUUAUCAAAUGGACCGAAGAGACACUAAGUUUGUUGAAGAUAAGAAAUUUAAAAUUUCUAAUUGCCAACGAAAAUGAAUCAUGUGUUGAAAUGAAAGAUGACUUGCAGGUCACAGAUAAUAAUGGUGAUGCAAAAAAAGAUGAAAAAAAAAUUCAGAAAAAUGAAAACAAACAUAUAAAAAAACCUCAUCAAACAAAUAAACUUAGAAAUGUUAUUAAGAGAUCAGAUUUGUGCAAAAAAAAUAAACUCACCAAUCAGACAAAAGAACAAGAAUCUACAGUAAAGUUAAAUUUCAAGGCUGCUUUCAAAGAUGUUCUACCAAAAUUUUUACAUUUUUUAAAGCUAAAGCAACAGCGUAUGAAGCUAAGGGUAUUAUCACAUAUUGAACUUCCAUGGAGAUGUCAGAUGUACCUAAUCAAUGGGGAAUGUCAUUUUCAAAUAGCUUUAGAGAAGUUUACAGAUAUGGUAUCACAAGGAUCUACAAAAAAUGUUAUUUCUCACCCAACAAAUCAACUUGAAAUCGAGUGCAACAGUGAAAGAAUCAUCGAUUCAAAUAUGUUUUCAUUGGGAUCGUUGGGUGUAUUACUUGUAAAUUGGUUAGGCAGUAUGAAAGGGCCUUUAAUUCAAACUGAUAACAUUAAGGUUUGCGCUUUUGAAGAUCAAUCUGUUGAAAAUGAUGCAAGCUUACCACCUAUUGCAAUAAAGAAGCCAAAAUACUUUGACAAAAAGUUUCUUGAACAUUUUAAAGAAGCUUGUUUGUUUUUAAAAAGGGCAAUGAUUCUGGCACACCGAGGUAAACACUGGAUGCUGCUUCAGCAAGCUUGUAACAACCUCUUAGUCUACACUCAAGUCUUUGUUUUUAAAGUUGUUGUUAACACUUCUUUGGAUAGUGAAAAUCAAUUUUAUAUUCAUCACCUAAGAUCAAUAAUCUUCAUGAACUUUUAUUAUGCUGCUGAUUUAAUUCUAGAUAUGAUUUCAGUAAAUUUAAAGAAUAAGGUACAACACAAAUGUUUUUCUGACUGUCUCAUUGAAAACUAUGACAUUAGUUAUGCAGACAUGAUGCGUGUGAUGUUUUUUGCAAUUGAAGUUUUGUUUUACGAAAAAAAGUUUGAUAAAGUUUGCAUUCUCAUCAUACGGUUAAAUGAGUUAACACAAGAAUUCUACUGCGAAGAACUUUUUCCAUUGUUGUCUUAUUCUAAACAACAUUUAAAAGACACUAGAGAUGGUGUACUCAAAACUCAAGACACUAGAGAUAGUAUACUCAAAACACACUUAUUAACCUCUAAAUUAAAAAUUAAAAGUUCAUUAUGCAACAGUGAAGAAACAAAAAAAAGUGCAUUGUUGGAUGAAUUUUCACACAAACACCAAAUAAAUGUAGUGUUUCACGCUGAAGAAGUUUUGAAAAAGUUUUACAGUUGCUUAGAAACUAAGAGUAAAAACACACAAUUAUUGAAGCAUAGCAGGAAGUUGUUGUUUAGAUACUUAGCUGGAAAAAUUGGUGUUGUCAAAAAUUUAUUAAUAAAUGCUAAAACCUUUUCAAAUGAACCAAUAAAUCUGUGGAAAAAUUCAUUUUCAAGUAUAGAAGAUGUUGAAGUCCAACCACUAGUAUUAGACAGUGAUUUAGCGAUAGUAAUUGCUUCUUACGAAAACACAAUCAACUAUCUUUUACAACAACAGUCCGAGUAUGCGGCAUCAGCCAUGAAUGAACUUGGAAAUAUUUUUUUUCAUUUAAAGGAUAAAAGAAGUGCUAAUAUGUGGUGGUCAAAAGCAAUUGACAGUGUAGUCAAAAGAUCAGAAGGUUUAAAAUCAUGGCGCGAGCUUAUUUUAGCAGAUGAAAAAUCAAUUUUAGCAUGUAAAAAAUUAUUAGAAAAAUUUGAUAUUUGGGGUUGUCUCUUAGUUAGUGUACUUGCUGCUAAAAUUGCAAGAUAUAUUUAUGAUGGUAAUGUAAGUUCUUGUAUCGAUGCAUGUCAGAUGUCAGCUGCAUUUGUUAAGGCAAUAUUUUGCUGUUCCAUCAACCAUCCUUUAUCAUGUGCUGAUUAUGCAACCUACAAAAUUGGUCAAGCAUAUCCAACAAAGCAUGUAUUACCUGGCAUCAAUCUUUUUUCAGAUGAUCAUAAUGUUAAUUCUGCCAGUUUACUUGUUAACAUGAUAUGGACUUGCAAACAACUCCUAGUUGCAGGCUAUUGCAUAGAAAUUCAGCCAUUAUUAACAUUUUCUCAAUAUCUUUCUGAUCAGAUUGGUCAUUUAUCAAGUGCAGUUGAAGUAAAAAUUGCAAGGGUAUCUUCACUUAUUCAAUUAAAUUUGUUAAAUCCUGCCAUUGACAACUUUAUUGAUAUAAUCUCAGGCUUUAAUCUUCCUGCUCCAGCAGAUGUUAUUAGCAGAAAUAUUUUUUAUAAAUGGCCAUUAAUUGAGGAUGAUAUCCUAACUUCACAUGAAUUUUUAAACUCAUUGUGUCAGUUUAAUGUCACCCCUCAUCAUUUGGUUGCAUAUGGGAGUUCACUAUGUUAUCAAGUGCGCAUACAGCAAGCUGUGUUAUUAUCAGCAAUUGCAUCUUUAUCAUUUGAGUAUCCUAAAUUUGAAAAAAAUGAUAUGAAUUGCAAUAAAUCUUUUCUAGAGAGUAAAAUGAGAGAGUUUAUGAAAAUCACAGAGAAAGAUGACAGUUUGCCGUCAAUUAUUUCUUCAUUUGAUUGUUUGUUAAGGAACAGUGCUCAGCUAAGAGGCAAGCUACUUGGCAGAUCUAAACAAAUUUUAAAUGGAAUUUUGACUACUUCUUCUGAAGACUGUAUGUUAACUUUAUCACAACAGUUUGAAUUUUUUAUUAAUUGCCAUUUGGAACUUGCUCAUAUUAACGAACAACAGCUGAUGUUUACUCGAUCAAUAGACCAUAUUUACUUGUGUCUGCAAGCUUUUAACACUUUUGAUGUAAAUCGAUUAAAAGAAAAUGCUUUAGGGUAUUGUAAAUCCUCUUCUAGUGUCUGUAAAGUUCCGGACUUUAGUGUAAACAUGUGGAUGGUAUGUAAGAUCAAAUUAUGUAGUUUGCUUACCCAAAGAAUUAUUUUUCAGCCAAAUCAUGGUUCAGUUAAAGAAGCAAAUGAAAUUUUGUUUCAGGCAAUUGUAGAAUGUAAAACAUUUAAUGAUGUAUUUUCCUUAUUUGCAUUUGAAUUUUUGAAGCUUAAAAGUGACAUACAUAAUGGUAUGUCAGUAAGUGAUGCUGUUAGCAAAUUAGAGGAGAUACAAAACUUUAUAGUGAAACUUCAUGAAAUACCUUUACCAAUAAAGUAUUUACUUUUUGAAGUUCAAACUAUGAAAGCUGAAUUUUAUGCUUCGAUUUGUUUGGAUACCUCUAUGAAAUUUUAUCUAGUGUUAGAAAAUUCUAUUUUGAAUGAAAUGUUGUUUCAUGGACUAACACUUGAUAGUAACUUCAAAUAUCCUUUAUUAAAUCAAAAGUGUUCAAAUUCUAAACUUUUCUUUAUUUUUUUGGCUGUUAAAUUUCGUUCUUUAAGUCUCCAAGCAAAGUCUGUCAACUCAAAUAAUCAGGUGCAUAAAAUAGAAAUCCUAUCUAAUUUACUAAAUGAAAUAUCUGUAUGUUUGUCAACAUUUUGUUUGUUUAUGAUAAAUGAGGUAACUAUGGCUACAGAGAUGAAAUUUUUAAAAGGUCAAAUUGAGAGACUUCUUUAUGAGUUUGGGUGCUUAGAUAUUAUGUCAUGCAUUGCCACAUUCUUGGAUAUUAUUACAACUACUUGCACACUAACUGGUGAUCUUAAUAUGUCUCAGCAAUGCUGUUGUGAAAUUGCUUUGGCACUUCUCUACAAGAUAAAAACCAACAAAAGUACAAACCCACCAGGUCACAUUUGUUAUUACUUCAGUUGGUUGUGUAUUCACACAGCAUCAGCUAUUUCUGAGUUUGAGCAAAAUACAGAAUUGUAUAGAAAUAUAGAUUCAGUUAUAACUAAUCAUGAUGAGUUUCCUGAAUUCCUUAAGGAAGAUCUUGGAGAAAAAAUGAUUUAUAUAAAGGACGUUUUACAUUAUAUUGCUCAAUUAAAUAAUCCGAAUACUUUAUACUCCAGUUUAGGACCUGUUUAUGAGAGAAAGCGGAGCUUUGCAUAUUCCACUGGUUAUUUUAAUCCUGUUUAUAAACUCCGGGCGAUGCAUGCAUAUUUUUUUGCAAGUCCUCAUUAUAAUGUGUCAAUUUUUUCAGCUUUGAAAUAUAUUUCAAACUUUGAACACUUAAUUAAUCAUAGAAGUGUUGGCUCCUCUGUGAUUUUAGAUGAUCUUGAUGCUCGUUUCAAUGACACUAUUUUUUCGAGUACCAACGAAGUAGCAAUUUGUUGGUAUACUUCAGAUUUGUUUUCUGCUAAUGGUUUUGUUUACUUUUUAAUGGCUUUAAGUAAAAAAAGAAUUGAUGGAUUGGAAUUUAAAAAGAUGCUCCAAGUUGAAAUCUCUAAUAGCGUAGAAGUGUUUUCAGAAAAUGUUGCAAUAAAGUCAAUAGUUGCAUUGCAUCAACAACUAGUUAAAAGUAUGGUACCAAUGGGCAUACUUUAUGAUGAUUCUGCCAGCACAACUGGAUUACAGCAUUCAAAUACCGCUGGAUUACAUUUUAACAGAAAUAGUAAUUUACUACAACAUCAAAAAAAAAACGAUGAAAGUAAUAAAGAGCUUGAAAAACUUAGAAAAGAAUUUGUUCAAAUAUUAUCCAAGUUUCGGAGCGAAUUAGGCAAAAAUGAUGAUGUACCUCUUUUGCUCAACCAAAAAAAUGUAUGUGAUCUUGAAAAAAUUCUCAACGUGAAUCGCAAUCGAAUCAUAAUGGCUUCAGAUUCACUAACGGACUGGCUGUAACGUCUGGUUUUUAGUUGCGCAUUUAAUCAGAACAACUAUUUAAUUUUUAUGUGUUUACGGUUAAUAUUUGCUUAUGGUAAUCUAAAAUGUUAAACAUAGAUAAUAUUUUUUAAUAUAGGAUAGCAUUGUUAGAAUUUCAA